CGCCAGGCCCUUCCUUUCCGGGAUCACCCACCCUCACGUUCCCAGGGGAUCUGGAAGGCCGCCCCAGAGGUCUGAGUCUCCCAGCUCCCAGCCCAGCGGGACCUGGUGACCAAACCCCCACUUCCGCGAGGGGGCAGGGCGGGGCCUCUCCUAAGCUCAAGGCAUCCCGAAUUGAGGCUGGCGGAGAGUUAUUAGUGGGAGGGUGCCCAGGGUAUUGGGGUCAGGAUGGCAUUAGCCCAGCUGAAGCCGGGCUUGGCUGACUCAGCAUCCUGACCCUACCAACCCCCAUCCCCGACUGCUCUGCACUCCCUUGGGCAGAGAUGGGAGAUGGCGCCAAUAUUGCCCGUGGUCCUGCCCCUCCAACCCCGAAUCCGUCUAGCACAGGGGCUCUGGCUUCUCUCUUGGUUGCUGGCACUGGCCGGUGCCCUCACCCUCCUCUGUAGCGGGCAUCUCCUGGUUCAGCUGUGGCACCUUGGCACCUUCCUAGCACCCUCCUGCCGAUUCCCUGUCCUGCCCCAUACUGCCCUGGCAGCGGGCGCGGUGGCUCUGGGCACAGGACUAGGGGGAGCUGGAGCCAGUCGUGCAAGUCUGGAUGCAGCUAGAUACCCUCCCUGGCGAGGAGUUCUGGGACCACUGCUGGUAGCUGGCACUGCUGUAGGUGGAGGACUCCUGGUCUUUGCCCUGGGGCUAGCCCUGGGUUUGCCUCUGAAUCUGUACCAGGGGCUAGAGGAGGGCCUGGGGACUGCUUUGGCUCACUACAAGGACACAGAGGUGCCUGGGCACUGUCAUGCUAAACGACUGAUGGAUGAACUGCAGUUGAAGCACCACUGCUGCGGGCGCCAUAGCUACAAAGACUGGUUUGGAGUCCAGUGGGUCAGCAACCGCUACCUGGACCCUAGUGACCCGGACGUGACUGACCGAAUCCAGAGCAACGUGGAAGGCCUAUACCUGAUUGAUGGAGUGCCCUUCUCCUGCUGCAACCCCCACUCGCCCCGGCCUUGCCUGCAAAGCCGACUCUCAGACCCCUAUGCCCACCCCCUUUUUGAUCCUCGACAGCCCAAUCUAAACCUCUGGGCCCAAGGGUGCCAUGAGGUGCUGCUAGAUCACCUGCAGGGCUUGUCAAGCACACUGGGCAGCAUGCUGGCAGUCACCUUCCUGCUGCAGGCUUUGGUGCUCCUCGGUCUGCGAUAUCUGCACACAGCGCUGGAGGGGCUUGGAGGAGUCAUAGAUGAGGAAGGAGAGACUCAAGGCUAUCUCUUUCCUGGUGGGCUGAAAGACAUGCUAAAAACAUGGCUGCAGGGAGGGGUGGCCCACAAGCCAGCACCUGAGGAGGCUCUACCAGAAGAGGCACCCCCUGAGGAGGAGCUACCUGAGGCCUAGUGGCCUGUAAAUAGGGAGGGGUUGGAGAAGGGGAACCAGGAGGGAUGGACAAAUAUGGAAAACUCACAAUUCCUUACCAAGGCUCAGGGAGGGAGAGAUCCCUGGGAUUAUCGGGGUUAAGGAUAGUCAGAGCUAGACAGAUGAGAGCAAAUUAGGUGUCCUAGGACCAAGCCUUUGUGGACAGAACCACCAGGGAUCAGAGAAUGGGACCAUAGGCAUGUGAUAGGAACCCAAAGAACUGGAGACUGCUUCCAGUACAGACUCUACAAUAAAGUUUUUGGAUGGAA